AUGCUGUCGGAGACGCUGUUCUGGGUGUACAUGGAGUCGUGCCGGAGGUAUCUGAACUCCCAGACGAACAGGAGGUGGCAGGCGGUCAGCACCCACUCCACCCCGGAGAAGAAGAGGCGGUCUCUCGAGCGGUGGCUCCUGUCGCUGGUGCAGGUCUGCAAGCAGGACGUGGGCGGCUCCCGCCCGGCGGGCGGCUCGGCGCCCUCGCUGCAGGACGCAGUCCGGCGGGCGUCCUCGGCGCGCUCGUUGGCGGCGCCCCUGCAGAGGGGCAGGUCGAGCGCCGCCAACCUCCUUGGCCUCGGGGGCAUCGGCCGGGAGCAGAGCGUGAACGACAUGCUGAAGGUGUGGGGGGACAACGGGGACAUCACCGACGCCGACCUGCAGCUAGCCAAGUGGACGAACAUUGCGGGGUUCUUUUACGGAGCGGGCAAGGGAGAGGUCUGUGACAUUGCGACCUGGCUCUGGCGUGGGAAUCUUGAGGAUUGGGUAUCGCACUACUGGUUUCGAGGCGCCGACGCGGAGGAACUGAAGCAGAGAAGCCCGAACGAGAGCGCAGAGUUGACGACACUCGUAGAUCUGGUCAUCGCGAACAUGGGAUUUGUCUUGCGGGAAGGUCGCAACGGCAGAGUUCAGGCUCGCCGGGUCUGGUCAGACCCAAUACCGACACGCCACCGACCGAUGCUGGUGUACGUCGGCACCUCGCUCCUCUGCCCCCUGAUGACCACGCAGUUCAUGUCGAUCAUUGGCUUUCGUAAGGAGCGGAUCGGUGGGCUGACCUAUUGGCACCGGCUGCCCUGCUCUGGCAUGGAUCCGGCAGUGGACAUCGCGGGGGCCAUGCAGACGCCGUUGGUGGUUGUGCACGGCCUCGGGGUGGGUCUCGUCCCGUACUACCUCUUCGUGCUACGGCUGGCGAGGAAUCACAGCGGCGACAUCUUCGUGCCAGAUCUGCCCUUCCUCGCGACGGCGCCCUGGCUCAGCGUGCCCAGCCCCCGCGAGGUCGUGUCUCAGUUGACGGACAUGCUCAAGGCCCACGGGCACACAGCUGCUCAUUUUACCGGCCACUCUUUUGGUACAGUCGUUGUUGGCUGGGUAAUUACGAUGUCGCCGAGUUCGGUGGUUUGCGUCACGCUGUUAGAUCCGGCGUGCUUUCUCCUCAUGAGUACGGAGGUAUGCAUCAAGAUAUUUGAUGGCCCCGUCAGUAGUGCUUUUGAAAUUUUCGUUCGGUAUUUUUGCUUCCAGGAGCUGUUCACCCAGAACAUGGUUACUCGCAAUUAUUUUUGGGAGCAGAGUCAGAUCUGGCCAGAGGACCUUCACGUGCCCUCUGUGAUCGAGAUGGGGGCCGACGAUCACGUCGUGCCCAGCUUGUACAUUCGCCGUCUCUUGGACCACGAGCGCAGAGUGCGCAAGCAGCGCCGGCAGAAAAGCCAAGCCCGUUCAAGUUCCUCCGCUCAUCUGGACAACUCGGGCAACGGGCCGCCGAGCCACGCGCCGAUCGACAUCCAGUGGUGCGAGGGCUUCAUGCACGGAGAGAUACUGCUUCGUCCUCGCAGCCAGGACAAGCUGUUCGCGAAGAUGAGGGCGAUGGCGCAUUCCGUUUACGCCGAGAUGGACGGCAGAGCUUGA